GCCCGGCAGCGGGGCUCCAUCCGUCACCGGAGGAAGGAGCGGCGGCCGCGGCGGCGGCCCGCAGGUACGCGCUAGGGGGCGGGCGGGAAGCGGCGCCGGAGCGCUGGGCUCGGCCGGGCCGGGCCCGGUUCCGUUCGGUUUGGCGGGACCGGCCGCGCCCCAGCCCGUCGCGGCGGCCCCUCCCCGCGGCGCCGGUUCCCCGCGCCCCCUCGUUCCCCCCCGCGCCCCCGGAGCGCGCCCCGCCGCGCCGCGCGUGCCGCUGCCGCCCCGCCGGCGGCACCCGGAUGUCCCGCUGAGCGGCUCGCGGCGCUUCGGCGCGGGGUCGGUCCGUCGCGCCGCUCGCUUUCUUCGCCGUUCGGCGCGGACCGCUUCGUCUCCCGCUGCUCCCUUUGUCAGCCGGGCGGCGCGGGGAGCGGAGCGUUGCGGGGCCGCGUGUCAGUCGGCCCGUGCGGCCCCGCAGCCUCGCGGUCCGGGCUCGGCGCGACUCGCUCUGUGCGCGCUCCUCUGGCAGCGGGGGCUUUUCGAGGAGGAGCCGCUUCGGAAACCUAUCGAGACCGGGAGCUCGCGUGGAUCACCGGGGAAAUCGGCGUUCGCUUACUCGCUCGGUGUGUGAAGCUGAACGCAGCACCUCGGGGCUUCUGCGGAGCACGAGCGCGUCUGCAGCUCCAGUUGCCUCCGGCACUCUCCCCGGGCAGCACGGCCGAGCGAAGGGACGGCUUCCCCCUAUCAAACUUACCGGGAUACCCGAGCCGUGCUGCGAUUUGCUUACCCGUCUUCUCGUUGCCGUGUCGGCAUCGGAGCGGUUGCCGCCGUCUCUCGGGUCGCAGCGGGAGAACGUGCCGGGAAAACGGCGGUGGUGCUCAGCGCCGCGCACCGCUCGGGUUCGUGUCCGCAGUCCUUGCUGGGAACACCUCUGUGUCGGCUCACACCGUGUCUGCAAACGCGAAGCGGUGCGUCUCAGAUGAUGGUGGUUCCUGGGAGCGCCCCGCUCAUACAGCAGGACCGUGCUCUGGAGCCUGAGCUGGGGCGAGGGCCGACGCAGAGCUCCGCCAUGGGCCCCGGCACAGAGCCUGCGCCCGGCGAGGUGGGCCCGGAGCUGGAGGAGGUACGGAAGCUGCAGGAGCUGGUGAGGAGGCUGGAGAUCCAGAACCAGCACCUGAGGACGAGGAGUCGCAGGAGCGUGCUUGGCACAGCCGUGGCGGGCGAGAUGCGCGCCGGCGUGGAUAACCAUGAGUCCGGGCUCAACGGGAUGGAAAUCAACAACAGCAUCAACGCCAUGGCAGAGAAGCAAGAGUUGCAAAUCAUGGCGGAUCUGCACAGCAAACUGAGCAAAAUCCGAACGGAGGAGGGAGAGAACAACUGCUUCAAAAAAGACAUCGGCGCCCAAACGCAGUACGGCUGCCUCGCUGCUCCCGAGGAGCUGUCGGCCGACACGUGUAAGGUGGAGACGAAGACUGAUGAUAACGUGAGGUGUUCGUCACGGGUGGAUAGGAGUGAUGGCACGGAGCUGAUGGGCAACCCGGUCGUUGCAGGCACUGAGUCCUCAGUUAAAAUAAACCAACAAAGUCCCAAGGAGAAACGUGGAGAUAUAGAAAGCCUUUUGAAUAACAGCGCCCUGGAUGAAGUGAAAGUGCUGGAACUGGAGAACUGCAAUGAAGAGGAAGAUAGCUGGCUCUAUGUGUCCCCGAGGAAAUCUGCUGUCAAUCAGAAGACGGGCUCGCCUUUGCAGUGGUGCCGGCAGGUGCUGGACAAUCCCAGCCCUGAGACUGAAGCCGCCUGCCGGACCCUUCUCAGCAGGCUGGACCAAGCCAGUAGAUGGAAAAACCUGUAUUGCAGUCCUCUGGCCUCACCAAGUGCACAUAAUUUGAAUACAGAGACAGGCUCCUGUAGCAAUGCACUAAACUCUCCUGGGCAUCUCAAAUCGACUAACAAAGCACUACUAACCUGUGGCAGCUCAGGUUAUUUAAGCAUGCAUUCUGCACUGAGCUCACAGUCAUCUGUGGACAGCGAGCUGAGCACAUCUGACGACUCCAUCUCGAUGGGAUAUAAGCUGCAGGACUUGACUGAUGUCCAGGUUAUGGCACGCCUUCAGGAAGAAAGUCUCCGCCAGGACUGCGCCUCCAGCUCAGCCUCCGUAUCGCGUCGCAGCUCCAGUGCCUCCCUGCACUCCCUGCGCAGGGGUACCUACAGCGACCAGGAAUUCGACACGUACAGCCUGGAGGAUGAGGACGAUUACGACUGUUCCCUGUCGUACCGCAGCGCUCACAGAUACUCACCAUCUCCGCUCAGCUCCCCCAGAUGUCAGUCCCCUUCUUCCAGCGCAGACUAUAGCAGGGCCUCUGCUUCUCGUAUCCGUCCCCCGCGGAGAUCUGUGCAAAGCCCAAUGCAAGACCGGCUGAAGUAUGCCAACAGUGAAGAGGAGAUGCGCCACAGCAUGCCCAACCUGGCCAGGACGAGCCUUCGAGCUUUGGAGUCAGUGAGAAGCAGUCGGAGUUUGGAGUCGGAUCUGCAGGUGCCCAGCAGUCGACUUUCACGAAUUCAGCAACCAUCAGCAAGUCUGGCUCCCAGUAAGCUCAGGUAUUCCUCCAGUGCUGGGCAGUCUCCCCUAACAGUGCGCCAACCAAUGAAAGCUGGGUCAUGCACAAACUCUCUGUUAACACCCAGGCAGCCAGUGAAAGCAUGCAGUUAUACAGCUCCUGUUAGUGGAGUUCGAAAGCCACAGGCUUCUUCCCUUAGCACAGGCUCUUCCAGUGGCAGUUCCACUACUAGAAGCAUGGUCACCGUGGCAAAAAACUCACCCAUGAAAGCGCGCACAUCUGUUGGAGGAACUUCAGUGCCCAAGAGCAAGCUGACACCGCCGUCCAAGAGAUUUCUUCAAUCAGCAAAAGCCACGCCAAGCACUGUGGACGAUUCCUGGAAGGACGGGUGUUACUGACACAACCCGAAACGCCGACGCACUGCCAAACACCUCUGAGAAGCAGAACCCAGCUGGCUGGGCUUGAGAACAUUAUUUUAGAACGAUAUUCUAUUUGAGAGACCCAUGGCAUUGGGACCGGUGUAUAUAGCUCCUCUCCUCUUGAAUGCAAACUAUCCUUGCCUUCCACCACCCUGGCACGAGCCUGCCAACAACUGCUGUACUGCGUUCCCACUGUUCAACACAUCACCGAAAUCAGUCUUCAUACGAAGACCGAAAAGAGCCUUAUUUCACAGUAACCUCUAUUUGCAGCCCUUCGGAAGGCCUGUCACAAAAAACAACUUCUUAGGACCUGCUCCUCGGGAUGCUUGCUUAGCAAGGCUGCCAGGUGUCCUGCUUGGGCCACAAAGCAGCUUUCAGCAGCUGCUAGGGCACGUUUCACAGCAGUGGUAGGGGGAGACUAGAAAUAGCUGUAUAGGUGUUAGAAGUAAGACUUUUUAACUUCAACCUGGUGUACUCUAAUAUUUGUUUGAAACAACAUUUUUUUUUUUUUUAAACUUCUGUAUAGAAUGUAUUUCUGCUAAUUUUUAUUGUGUGUUCUAGGAGACGAAGCAGGUUUUUAUAACUGUAGUCUACUUCGAGCUGUUGUAUUUGAGCGUGUGCAUCACAGUUGACAAGUGAAGGAGCAGUACACAAUAUUUGUGUGGGUUUGCAAACAGCCAGUUGCAGGGACAGGGGAUGCUCUUUGGAAACUGCUGUUUGUCACCGUCUUCAUAUCUGGGAGGAAGCUCACAAACACCAGUUACAGGUAAACUCUUUAAAAGGUAGCUCCCCUAACUGAUUUGACUUGAAGCGUUUCCCUUAGGUCUUUCAGCCAGCCCCUAACUGCCCUCCUUUUUGUAGAAGAGUUUUUCUACCGUCUCUUUGGCUAUGAAGCGUUCUGUUUCAACGUCCUUUUCCUCAGCAAGUGCUGCAGGCUCUGAAUUCUGUCUUAGUACACAAAAUAUGCACUGAUAGCAACGUUCUCCCUGCCAUCAAUGUGAUUUUGAUAGUGUAGUUUAAUAAAAUGUUAUGGUGCUGAAAUAGAUCUGCCUUACUCAAA